AUGCCACUAAGGAUGCUGGCUCAAUCAACGCACAACCAUGAUGCUUUGGCGUCAUCCACACAAGACACCCUCUCCUACCAGGUACCUGACUCUGCAGCAACGUCUCCCCCAUGGGGUGAUGUGCGAACCUUGCCCAAAGCUGUUCGGAGGCGACGAGAUCUCACACUCAUCAUAGAGGCCAUCAGAGAGUUUGUGGGUGGAGUUUUCAAUGAUCCCAACACCCCUAUGACCAAAAUCUGUAAUUGGCAGAGAAUCAUGCCAGCCUGGCUCGAAAGAGAACUUGUCCCCGAUGACAGUGCUAAGCCAACACUGCGAUAUCAGCUCGCGCCCCUGCAGGAGUUUGACGAAUUGCGACUCGGUGGUUUCAGGCUGGCCAGUGUGCCACAUACCACUUUCACUGAUCGGGAAUCGGUUGAAAGGGCUUGGUCUGCAGAGAUUAGGCCUACCUGCAAGUCGACCCACGAGACGUUGGGUUGGGAACUAAACAGUCAGUGUGAACCAGCAGUCGACGAAGUCACCUUCAUACAUCAAUGCCAGCAGCUGCCAAUAGAGCUCCCUGCUCCCAGGCCAAGCAUUAACGUCGCUGCAGCUAUGUUACGAAGGGAUGAAGGGACCAUACCAACGAUGGACCGUCCUCAUGAAUCCUAUAUGCUCCACGAUCCCAAGAAGGAUCUGGACUAUGCAGAAUUUGUUCAGGGCCUCAAGGGCAGAAAGACGGAGGUGGGCCCUGCCGAUGAGAGGUAUCAGAACGAUAGGUACAGACCUGGGCCCAAUACGGGUCCCACCUGCUCAUUGUUUCGAGACCCUUUCACUCCCAUAAACCUCGGUAUGGAGCCAGUUAGAUCUGGACCCCAACCUUGGCCACAAUAUCGCUGA